CCGAUUUUCUCGACUCUCUGCCGCUUCCAUUCUCAUCUUUUCGUACCUUUUGCGCCAGUAAUAUCCUCCGAGAAUCUGUUAAAACAAAAAUGAGGAAGAAAAAUCUGUAAGUGAUUUCAUCCCUUUGGACUUCUUUUUCCAGUUAUUAUUUUCUUGGAGUCGAAGGAGAACAGCGGAGGAGAAUGUCUUCUUCAAUUUCUCUUCUUUCACGUUCUGCAACAUUCUCACCUCUGAAACGGGGUCGUGGGACUCACCAGAGAGUCGGACCCAGUUUAAGUCUCGGACCAAGAAUCGGUCACGGCUUGGCUUUCUUCUUCUCUGCCGAUAACCAGGCUCUCGGCAGCCCGGGUCAAUUUCUCCCAGUUGACCAAGAACGAGAGAGAAUCACCGAUCAAGAUUUCUGAUUUCGACCGGCCUUCGGAAGGAUUCAAUCUGAAAUCCGGGAAUUUCGCCAGUUUUUGUAGUCGAACGAUAUGGGAAUCUUGAUUCUGUUCUUGAGUAGCUCGAGGUUGGAGAAUCCGAAAGACAUGAUUCUCGCUGUUGAUAUUUACGUCUCUCCUUUUCUAAGGAGACCAUGGACGUGGGGUUUCAUACAAGCAGCUCUGGUUCAUUCUUCAUAUCUGACUCCUCCCAACCUGCCGCCGUUAAAAGACUAAUCAGAGAAAGAACACUGAGGCAGCGGCCGUUGGCAACCAAGGCUGUAAAGCCCACCAUUACUGACAAAACUCCAUCAGUUAGUGUUCUUGAUCGAAAAAUGAAAUGUCAAAUGAUUAGAGAAUCUCGGGACUAUUCUUUCCUGUUCGGCCCGGAUUCUGAACUUCCUGCACCACCUGCAAAAAGGCCUAAACUUGGUGAUAAUUUGUCUAAACAAGUACAUACAAGCAUUGAGCCCAAGUACAUACACGCCAUAAAAGAUUCUGGUGUACACGAUACUUUCAAGAAGAACUCAGCACCAAAGAAUCAACCACCGUCGUUGAAAGAUCUUCAUGGCUCUCACAGGCACAAACCAUCCAUCCAAAGGCCAGCAGUUGCAAAUAAGAAUUUGGGACAAGAAGAAUUUUAUGGUGAAUCGAAUAAAUCGAAAGCAAUGGAAAAUCAGUUGCAACAAGCAGUUGCAAAUAAGAAUUUUGGACAAGAAGAAGUUUAUGCUGAAUUGAAUAAACUGAAAGCAGUGCAAAAUCAAUUGCAGUCAUCUUCAAGACACCAUGCUCCAGAUGAAAAGAAAGCUUCUUUGUCAUACUCACAACCUGGAGCGGAGCCUCAACUGGAGCAGCCGAAAAAGCCUCUGAUAAUCAGGAUUAAGUUGCGUCCAAAUCAUCAAAUUCUAAGUCGGUCUGGAGCACUUGGGCCAGAAUUGCAGCAGCCUCCAACAGGGCAACGCAUGGGCAAGCCGAAGAUUAUUAAAAGACAAGAGGUUAAGCCUACAACAGGGCAUGGCGUGGGAAAACCGAAACUUAUUCAAAGACAUGAGGCUCCAACAAGGCAAGGCAUGGGGAAGCCGAAGCUUAUUCAAAGACAUGCGGCUCCAACAGGGCAAGAUAUUGGGAAGCCGAAGCUUAUUCAAGGACAUGAGGCUUCAACAGGGCAUGACAUGGGGAAGCUGAAGCUUAUUCAAAGACAUGAGGCUCCAACAAGGCAAGGCAUGGGGAAGCCGAAGCUUAUUCAAAGACAUGCGGCUCCAACAGGGCAAGAUAUUGGGAAGCCGAAGCUUAUUCAAGGACAUGAGGCUUCAACAGGGCAUGACAUGGGGAAGCUGAAGCUUAUUCAAAGACAUGAGUCUCCUAUAGGGCAUGGUUUGGGGAAGCCGAAACUUAUUCAAAUACAUGAGCCUCCUACACAGCAUGGCAUGGGGAAGCCCAAGCUUAUUCAAAGACAUGAGAAUUUGCAGCCUCCAACCGGAAAACGCAUGGGAAAGCCGAUAAUUGUUCAAAAACAUGAGCUUAAACGUUCUAGGCCUUCAAUUGUUGAUGAAGAGUAUAUCGAGUCUCAAAUGAACUCAAUUCUCCAAAAAAUAGUUAGAAAUAGCUAUAUGAAAGCUGGUUACAACGAUGGGGAUAUCGAAUGAAUGGUCUCCAAUUUUGAAGAUAUCCAGAAGGAGAGGAGAAGAUAUGGUAGCUUGCUUAAUUCCAACUGUUUUAUGUUUUUUGUUUGCAUUUGCUGUGAUGUUUAAUCUCAUAAAUUGAUGAAUGCUUUGUAUUUACACUGCAAAAUUUGGCAGGAAUGAGGAUAAAUUUGAGAGAUUUUGAAUUGAAGAAGAAUUCUCUGAGAAAUUUUGCAGCAGUGAAGACUCCCCCCCCAUAUAAAAAAA